UGCGACAGGUGGAGCGCGCCGCGCCGGGCGCUCGGCUAUGUCCGCGGAGAUCGCGGGGCCGGGGCCGGGGCCGGGGGCCGGGUCGGAGCCGGGGCGGCUCUGCCCCGAGCACGGCCAGGCUCUGAGUUGGUUCUGCUACUCUGAGCAACGGCCCGUUUGCGCCGCCUGCGCGGGGCAGGGCGGCCGCUGUCGGGGGCACCGCAUCCGCCGGGCCGAGGAGCGCGCGGAAGAGCUGCGGAACAAGAUUGUGGACCACUGUGAGAGGCUGCAGUUACAGAGUGCUACCAUCACCAAGUAUGUGGCUGAUGUCCUGCCAGGGAAGAGCCAGAAAGCAGUGAGCACAGCCAGUGCAGCGCGGGAACUGGUCAUCCAGCGGCUGGGUCUGGUGAGGAGUCUGUGUGAGAGUGAGGAGCAGAGGCUGCUGGAACAGGUGCAUGGCGAAGAGGAGCGGGCCCACCAGAGCAUCCUGACGCAGCGAGUGCACUGGACUGAGGCACUACAGAAGCUCGACAACAUUCGCACCAGCCUGGUGGACAUGCUCACGCAUCUGGAUGACCUCCAGCUGAUUCAGAAUGAGCAGGAGAUUUUUGAGAGGACGGAGGAAGCAGAGGGCAUUUUGGAUCCCAAGGAGUCGGAAAAGUUAAACUUUAAUGAGAAGUGCACUCGGAGCCCACUACUGACCCAACUCUGGGUGACAGCCGUUCUCGGGUCCCUCUCAGGCACGGAGGACAUGCGUAUCGACGAGAAGACUGUGAGCCCCCUCCUGCAACUGUCAGAUGAUCGAAGGACCCUGACCUUCAAUGUGAAGAAGUCCAAGGCCUGUGCGGAUGGCCCGGAGCGCUUUGACCACUGGCCCAAUGCCCUGGCAACCACUUCCUUCCAGGCUGGGCUGCAUGUCUGGACGGUGAACGUCCAGAACAGUUGUGCCUAUAAGGUGGGCGUGGCCUUAGGCCAGCUGCCCCGCAAGGGUUCUGGCAGUGACUCUCGUCUGGGCUACAAUGCCUUCUCCUGGGUCUUCUCCCGCUACGACCAGGAGUUCCGUUUCUCACACGAUGGGCAACACAAGCCCCUGGCACUGCUGCGUUGCCCAGCUCAGCUGGGGGUGCUGCUGGACUUGCAGGCACAGGAGCUGCUAUUCUACGAGCCAGCCUCUGGCACGGUGCUCCACACCCACCAGACAUCCUUCCCUGGGCCGGUCUUCCCCGUCUUUGCUGUGGCUGACCAGACCAUUUCCAUCAUCCACUGACCUCUGGCCAUGGGGAGGCCAGGUCUACCUCCCCACCACCCUUUCAGGCCAUGUUUCUACCCAGUGGCUUUUCCCCAAAUGUUGCCUCUGCCCAACGGGCAGCUUUAGGAGGGGAUCUCGGUACAACAAUUAAAUGCUGGAUGUCUGUGGGUAA